AUGCCGGAAAACGCCACUCUUCUCCAAGGCUUCGAAUGGAGUUGCCCAGCCGACGGCAAACAUUGGCAACGGCUCCUCCGAGCUCUGCCGAAUCUGAAAGCAUGCGGGAUCGACAACAUUUGGCUUCCUCCUGCUUGUAAGGCAAGCAGUCCGGAAGGCAAUGGCUACGAUAUUUAUGAUCUGUACGACCUUGGCGAAUUCGACCAGAAGGGUGGUGUGAGAACGAAAUGGGGAACUAAGGACGAGCUGCUCGAAUUGUCAGCCAAAGCAAAGGAAUCGGGUAUUGGCCUCUACUGGGAUGCUGUUCUCAAUCACAAGGCUGGAGCAGACAAGAGGGAGAAAGCUCAUGCUGUCGAGGUUGAUGAACACGACAGAAAUACCGAAGUCUCGGAUGCUUAUCAGAUUUCCGCGUGGCUUGGAUUUGACUUUCCGGGGAGAGGAGAGAAGUACAGCAAGCAGAAAUACCACUGGUACCACUUCUCGGGCACUGACUGGGAUGCCGCCAACGAGCGGAAAGCGAUCUUCAAGCUCAAAGGCGAGGGAAAGUCAUGGAGCGAAAGUGUCGACGACGAAGACGGUAACGCAGAUUACAUGAUGUUCGCCGACGUCGAUUACAGCCAUCCAGAAGUUCAAGAAGACGUCAAGAACUGGGGUCCAUGGGUCGUCAAGGAGGCCGGCUUGAAAGGAUUCCGCCUCGAUGCCGUGCAGCACUUCUCGCAACGCUUCACGAACGAGUGGGUCGAGCAUGUACGCAAGGAAUGCGGCGACGACAUCUUCAUGGUCGGCGAGUUCUGGACGAACGAUACCGAAGCCAUGAGCCGCUGGCUGGACGACAUGCAUCGGAAGUUCUCCCUGUUCGAUGCCCCUUUGCUGUACAAUUUCUCCAGGCUGAGCACGACCGAAAACGCCGAUUUGAGGACUGUCUUUGACAACACGUUGGUCAAACGCGAUCCGCUCAAUGCAGUGACCGUAGUCAUGAACCACGACACCCAACCCCACCAAACAAUGGCCACCAAAGUCGAAGGCUUCUUCAAACCCCUCGCUUACGCCUUGAUCCUCCUCCAAGACGCCGGCUACCCAUGUCUCUUCUACGGCGACCUCUACGGCAUGCAAGGCGAGUCGCCCGAACCACCCGCCGCUGGCAAUAAGAUCGCCGACAUGACGCUCGCUCGGAAACUGUAUGCCUACGGCCAGCAAGACGAGUAUCUCGACAAGGCGAAUUGUAUCGGUUUCGUGCGGAGAGGGACGGCUGAGCAUCCUGCUGGGUUGGCGUGUGUUAUGUCCAAUGGUGGACCUGGCGAGAUUCGAAUGGCGGUUGGGGAGAUGCAUGCUGGACAGAUCUGGACGGAUGUGCUUGGAUGGGAGCAGGAAGAGGUCAAAAUUGAUGAUGAGGGGUAUGGAGUGUUCAAGUGUCCUGGCGUCAGUGUGUCGAUAUGGGUCAGGCAGGACGCUGAGGGGAGGGACCGCUUCCCGCUCAAUUUUGACAGCGAUAUCUACAAGGAAUGUUGA